GCGGUGAGAAGCUCGAUUUGUCCUCUGAUAUGACGACGGCACGGACGCCGAGCGCCGCAAUGGGCGCCGAGCGGAAACCCGACAGCAGGGACACGCGGGUGUCGACCGGGGAAGGAUGUCGGAGCCGGUUUACGGCUGUUGUGCCCCGGAGCAAAAUCCUCGGCUCGAGUUCCUCCAGCGCCGUAAACGGUCGCAGUCGGAAUAUGCGCGGUUUUCCCUGAAGGCGUGUUCCGGGCAGCAGAACAAAGACGUGCAAUGUGAGUAUCCCGCGCAGCCGAAGUUUUAUCAGGCUCUCCAAAGCCACGCCCACUUUCUCAGGUAGCCCUGCCUGCACCUUGAGGGUGUAUACCUGUACUCGCAGCAGCAGGGUUUGUCUCGCUCACUCUCCUUCAGUGCACUCCGGAGGUGUGUCUGCUGUUUUCCGUCUCUCUCUCUCUCUCCCCGGUGCUCUCAUUCAUCGCCGCCCCCCUCCCUUCGGGAUUUCUUUUCCCUUUUUCCCCUCCUCGCUGCCUUUUCCUCGACCGUAGAGAGGAGGUGGGAGGGGCUGCGUGGGAGACCAGCGCCGAGCUGUAUGUCACCGCCGUUGAGCCACAGCAGUGCCUGCUUUCCGCCGGGCUCGGCUCACUCGCACGUACUGUAGUUUCUCUUCUGGCCGCGUCGACUGCUUCUCGCUCGCUCGCUCGCUUUCUCGCCCGCCCGCUCCGCUCCGGAAUCCGCAAACCCAACACGGCUACGGAAGUGAGACGGAGAGCGACGUACAACACCGGCCAGGAUAUUCGUCCUUUUCUGGUUUGUUUAAUCAACCGAGGAGCACGUGGCAGCCAGCCCUGCCUCACACGGGGUGAGGUCAUCCAGCCUUCCUCCGGUGACGCUGCAGUGCAGUGAGGGAGACUCCGGACGACGCCAUGGUGGCCGGGAUGGUGAUGCCACUGGCCGACCUGCGGGCCAUUUACGAGCUGCUAUUCCGCGACGGCGUCAUGGUGGCCAAGAAGGACAAGCGGCCGCAGAGCGUGCACCCGGAGGUCCGGGGACGCGUCACCAACCUGCAGGUGGUCCGGGCCAUGGGCUCCCUCAAGUCCCGGGGCUUCGUGAAGGAGACCUUCACCUGGAGACACUACUAUUGGUACCUCACUAACGAGGGCGUCGUGUACCUGCGCGACUACCUGCACCUGCCACCCGAGAUCGUACCCUCUUCUCUGCAGAGGGUGCGUCGGCAAGCGGCCACGCUGGACGUCACGCGCAAGGCAGCACGGGUCCAAACGGUGGACGGGCCCGUUUCCUAUGCUCCAAAACCUGGCGGCGGAGGGGGCUCUGAAGCCUCGGAUGUGCUGGCGGACAGGCAGGCCUACCGACACAGGAAGACGAACGCAGCGGAGGAAGAGACGAGCAGGAGAGCGGUUCCGAGGUUUCGGGGCCGCCCGAUGACCGCCGAGCCGGUGAAACCCAAGUCAUCGUGGGAACCCUACGAGAGAGAUGACUCCGGCAGAGAAGCGAGGGUCACGGACGAGGUUUCGGGGAAGAAGGUCUCGAUCGCCCAGACAUCUCGGCCACUUCCUGACACUAAAAUCUCUAAGGCUGCUGUGGUGGCGGUCACCAUGGAAAAGGUUGUUGCUAUGGACCAUGAAGGGACAAGAAUCUCACCAAGCUCAAAUACAGCGGAGAAGGCGGAGCUUCCAGCCAGGGCGACAGCGGUCACCGUACCAGUGGUGGCUUCCGUGGCAGUGGCAGUUGUUAAAUCUCCCGCUGUUACCAAGGUGCUACGGGAGGAGCCUGUGGAGGCUGUUGCUAAGAGUGUCACCAUGGAGACCCGAAAACAAUCUUCUGAACCUGUAGCCAGUAAACCUGCUCCCGCAGUGCAGCUGAGGGAGGCCCCACCCCUCAUGGCGGUUGUUAAGGAAACGGAUCAGAAGGUGUCCGAUGUGACGACGAUGGCACCGUCUCCGAAAUCGCUUGAUGAGAGCACCGCAACCAAGGUGGAGUCGGUACCAAAGUCUAAAAAAGUGAAAGAGGAGAAAGAGAAGGUCUCUGUGAGCAAAGCGACCGAGGAGAAGCACGCAGCCGCUGUCAGAGAUGCGGUCCAGAGGCCUUCAGAGAAGACAACUGCCCAGGAAGCCCCCCUAGCAGCUGUGGAGAAAAGCACGACCAAAGCAGCUUUGGAGGUACCUGCAGCAGUCCAGGAUGAGAAAGUGGCGCAUGACGUCUUGGUGUCACAUGACCUGCGGAAGGAGGGCCUGAAUGGUUCUGCCGGAGUAUGUAUCAUCGCAGGAGAAACCCCAGCGGAACCUGCCAGCACAGUGAACACUGAGACGGCGCCCUCUCGCAAGUCCAAGAAGAAGAAGAAGAAGCCAGAGAAGAGCUCCGAGGUAAAAGCUCUGCAAGAGACGGUUAGUCUCUCCACAGGUGUCGUCACUUCCGAAUCGGAACCGGUGGUUCCUGCAGCGCCAGGAGAAGCCGUCCUGGAGAAAGGAACUCUGCGGCACACGUCUGCGGCAGAGGCAUCGCCCUCGGAGACUGCCCCCGGAGGGCCCGCGCCGCCCCUCGGAGCUGCAGAAACUGCCCUCGUGGGUGAGGGUCAAGCUUCCCUAGAAGCCCCCAGGGCAAAGGGAACUCAGGACGCCUGUGUGCCUCUCUCCAAAAGCACCGCAGCGGCACAGGCAGAGCCCGUGGAGAAACGCGGACCCCCGACGGCCCCCGCAAGGCCGGUGGGGAAAACGGCUCCGCGGCCAUUGUCCGAGAGCAGCGCCGCAAAGCAAAACGGAGCUGCAGCUGUGCGAGCCGAUCCCUCCGGCCCCACAGACAAAGAGAAGGCGGAGCCUGCGGGGCUCUCGGCUGAAAAAGCCAGGCAGGAGGUCCCACAACCAUCUUCAGCUGCGGAGUCGCGGCGAGCAGCAGCAGCAGCAGCGGAGGCAGAGGUGUCAGGGGCCGGAGGCUCAGCCCACGCGGUGGUGCGCGGCGCGGCGCCUGUGUCACAUAGCGAGCUUCCACUCCGCGAGGCCUCAGCAUCGAGGGGCUCGCAGUGUCCAGCGGAGGGCGCCGCCCAGUCACAGCCAGGCGCCGAGAGCAACCCGGCGCCCCUGGACGAGUCGGCCAUGAGGAAGAAGAUUGUCGUCGUGGAGGAGGUGAUCGAGGUGAAAAAGGUCAUCUCGCCUCCGCCGGGACAGAAGAGCCCCGGGGCGCCGGACCCCGGCUGGACCCCCGAGGCGGAGCAGGCCAGCGGCGGAGUGGAGGGGCCCCCCGCGGGUUCCGAGUGGGAGUACGAAGAUGUGUGGACCGACGACGUGGAGGAGAAGACCUGGCCGAACUUCAUCGAAGAUGAGCGCGACCGGGUGCAGAAGAAGACCUUCACGAAAUGGGUCAACAAGCACCUGAUGAAGGCUCAACAUCACGUCGGCGACCUGUACGAGGACCUCAGAGAUGGACACAACCUCAUCUCCCUGCUGGAGGUGCUGUCGGGAGAGACGCUGCCCCGGGAGAAGGGACGGAUGCGCUUCCACAAGCUGCAGAACGUACAGAUUGCGCUGGACUUCCUCAAACACCGGCAGGUGAAGCUGGUGAAUAUCCGAAAUGACGACAUUGCCGACGGAAACCCCAAACUGACACUGGGGCUGAUAUGGACCAUCAUCCUCCACUUCCAGGUGUCGUACAGUAUCUCGGACAUCCAGGUGAACGGCCAGUCGGACGACAUGACGGCCAAGGAGAAGCUGCUGCUGUGGUCGCAGCGCAUGGUGGACGGCUACCCGGGUCUGCGGUGCGACAACUUCACCACGAGCUGGAGGGACGGCAAGCUCUUCAACGCCGUCAUCCACAGGCACAAGCCCAUGCUCAUCGACAUGAAGAAGGUGUACCAACAGACGAAUCUGCAGAACCUGGAGCAGGCCUUCAACGUGGCCGAGACGAACCUGGGCGUCACGCGGCUCCUCGACCCGGAGGACGUGGACGUGCCAAACCCAGACGAGAAGUCCAUCAUCACCUACGUGUCCUCCCUGUACGAUGCCAUGCCCCGGGUGCCCGAUGUCCAGGACGGGGUUAAAGCCAACGAGCUGGAGCUGCGCUGGCAGGAGUACUACGAGCUCGUCACCGUGCUGCUGCAGUGGAUCCGCCGCUACGUCGUGCUCUUUGAGGAGCGCAAGUUCCCCGGCAGCUACGAGGAGAUCGAGAUCCUGUGGCGUCAGUUCCUCAAGUUCAAGGAAACGGAGCUGCCGGCGAAGGAGGCCGACAAGAACCGCUCCAAGCUCAUCUUCUCGUCCUUCGAGAGUGCGGUCCAGGCGGGACAGGUGAAGGUGCCGCCCGGCUACCACCCCAUCGAUGUGGAGAAGGAAUGGGGCCGCCUGCACAUAGCCAUUCUGGAAAGAGAGAGGCUCCUGAGGGUGGAGUUUGAAAGGUUAGAGCGUCUCCAGCGGAUCGUCAGCAAGGUGCAGAUGGAGUCCGGGGUGUGCGAGGAGCAGCUCAACCAGGUCGAGUCCCUGCUCUACACGGACAUCCGUCUGCUGGGGACGGGGAAAUCUGCCCAGAACACGGCUGAGGUGGAGCGCGACCUGGAGAAGGCCGACGGUAUGAUCCGCCUGCUCUUCAACGACGUGCAGCUCCUCAAGGAUGGGCGCCACCUGCAGGCCGAGCAGAUGUACCGGCGGGUGUACCGUCUGCACGAGCGGCUCGUGAGCCUGCAAACGGAGUACAAGCUCCGCUUCCGCUCCGCCGUGACUCCCACCCAGAGCACUGUGGUGCAGACCACGGCCCAGCUGCCGGUGAAGGUGCGCCCCGAGCUGGAUGACGUGACGCUGCGUUACGUCCAAGACCUCCUGGCCUGGGUGGAGGAGAACCAGCGGCGCGUGGAUGGAGCCGGUUGGGGUGCCGACCUGCCCGCCGUCGAGUCGCAGCUGGGCAGCCACCGCGGCCUGCACCAGACCAUAGAGGACUUCCGCGCCAAGAUUGAACGGGCGCGCUCCGAUGAGAACCAGCUUUCUCCAGUCAGCAAGGGCACCUACAGGGAGUACCUUGGAAAGCUCGACCUGCAGUACGCCAAACUCCUGAACUCGUCCAAGUCCCGCCUCCGUCAGCUGGAGCAGCUCCACAUGUUUGUGAACGCCGCCACCAAAGAGCUCAUGUGGCUCAACGACAAGGAGGAGGAGGAGGUGAACUUUGACUGGAGCGAUCGCAACCAGAACAUGACCGCCAAGAAGGACAACUACUCGGCUCUGAUGCGCGAGCUGGAGCUCAGGGAGAAGAAGGUGAACGAAAUCCAGGUCACUGGCGAGCGGCUGCUCAAGGACGGCCACCCUGGGAAGAAGACCGUGGAGGCCUUCACAGCCGCCCUGCAGACCCAGUGGAGUUGGAUCCUCCAGCUGUGCUGCUGCAUUGAAGCCCACCUGAAGGAGAACACUGCCUACUACCAGUUCUUUGCUGAUGUAAAGGAGGCAGAGGAGCGAUUGGCGAAGAUGAACGAGACCAUGAAGAAGAAGUACACCUGCGACCGUUCCAUCACGGUCACGCGCCUGGAGGACCUGCUGCAGGAUGCUGUGGAGGAGAAGGAGCAGCUGAAUGACUUCAAGACCCACCUUGCCGGCUUGAACAAGCGUGCUCGAACCAUAGUCCAGCUGAAGCCCCGUAACCCUACCAGCCCAGUCAGGGGCAAGCUGCCCAUCCAGGCUGUCUGUGACUUCAAACAGAUGGAGAUCACGGUCCACAAGGGUGACGAAUGCCUGCUGACCAACAACUCGCAGCCCAGCAAGUGGAAGGUGCAGAACAUGAUGGGCAGUGAGGCCGUCGUUCCGUCCGUCUGCUUCGUCGUCCCGCCGCCCAACAAGGAGGCCAUCGACAGCGUCUCGGGCCUGGAGGUCAGUCACCAGAAGAUCAUCUCCUUGUGGCAGCGGCUGCACGUCGACAUGCGGAGCCUUCUGGCCUGGCAGUACCUGAUGAGGGACAUCCAGCAGAUCCAGUCGUGGACCGUCACCACGUUCAAGACCAUCAAGCCGGACGAGUACCGGCUCAUCCUCAGGAAUUUGGACCUUCACUACCAGGACUUUAUGCGCGACAGCCAGGACUCGCAGCUCUUCGGCCCCGACGAUCGCAUGCAGAUCGAGGGCGACUUCAACAAAGCCACGCGCUACUACGAGAACCUGCUCCGCAGCGUGGAAAGAGGUGAGCAGGACGAGUCGACGUGUCGCACCUACAUCAGCCAGGUGAAGGACCUGCGCCUACAGCUAGAGGGAUGCGAGGCUCGAACCGUGGCCAGGAUUCGGCAGCCGGUGGACAAAGAGCCGCUGAAGGACUGCGCCCAGAGGGCCACUGAGCAGCAGAAAGUCCAGAUUGAGCUGGAGGGCAUCAAGAAGAGCCUGGACAAGGUGACUGAGGAUACAACGGGGAUCCUGGCGUCUCCACAGCCGACGAGCUCGGCGCCGGUCCUGCGAUCGGAGCUGGACGUCACCUUGCAGAAGAUGGACCAGGUCUACAGCCUGUCCUCCAUAUACUUGGAGAAACUGAAGACCAUUGAAGUGGUGAUCCGGAGCACGCAUGAGGCUGAGGGCGUCCUCAAGAAGUACGAAAACCAGCUGCGAGAGGUCAACAAGGUGCCCACUGAUGUCAAGGAGGUGGAGAUCUACCGCACCCAGCUCAAGACCAUGCGAGGGGAGGCAGAGAAAGAGCGGCCUGUGUUUGACAGCCUGGAAGGUGACCUGCGCAAGGCCUCCGUGGUCAGCGAACACCUCUCGCGUGUGCACCUCGAGCGCGACGCCGAGCUGGACCAUUACCGCCACCUGCUGGUCGGCCUGCAGGAGCGCUGGCAGGCCAUGUUCACGCAGGUGGACGUGAGGCAGCGCGAGCUGGAGCAGCUCGGACGCCAGCUGGGCUACUACCGGCAGAGCUACGACUGGCUCAUCCGCUGGAUCGCCGACGCCAAGCAGCGCCAGGAGAGGAUCCAGGCCGUGCCCAUCAGCCACAGCAAGACCCUCAAGGAGCAGCUGGCCCAGGAGAAGAAACUUCUGGAAGAAAUUGAGAAGAACAAGGAAAAAGUUGAUGAGUGUCAGAAAUACGCCAAGGCCUACAUCGACACCAUCAAGGACUACGAGCUCCAGUUGGUGACGUACCGAGCGAUCGUGGAGCCGCUGUCCCCCAUGAAGAAACCCAAAAUGGACUCUGCCUCGGACAACAUCAUACAGGAGUAUGUGACGCUGAGGACCCGCUACAGCGAGCUCAUGACCCUCACCAGCCAGUACAUCAAGUUCAUCACGGACACGCAGCAGCGCCUGGAGAACGAGGAGAAAGCUGCAGAGAAACUUAAAGAGGAAGAGAGGAGAAAGAUGGCGGAGAUGCAGGCUGAGUUAGAGAAACAGAAGCAGUUAGCCGAGGCUCAUGCAAAGGCCAUAGCCAAAGCAGAAAAAGAGGCCCAGGAGCUCAAGCUGCUCAUGCAAGAAGAGGUCAGCAAAAGGGAGAUUGUAGCAGUGGAUGCUGAAAAGCAGAAGCUCAACAUCCAGCAAGAGCUCCAAGAGCUCAAAAACCUCUCAGAGCAGCAGAUCCACUCCAAGAGCCAGCAAGUGGAGGAUGCCUUGCAGAGCCGCACUAAGGUGGAAGAGGAGAUUCGCAUCAUCAGGGUCCAGCUGGAGACUACCGUGAAGCAGAAGGCCAUGGCAGAGACAGAGCUCCAGCAGCUGCGCAACAAAGCAGAUGAGGCAGAGCGUCUGCGAAAGAUGGCCCAGGAGGAUGCGGAGAAGUUCCGCAAGCAGGUUGCCGAGGAGACGCAGAAGAAGCGCAGGGCUGAAGAGGAGCUGAAGCUCAAGGCAGAAACCGAAAAGGAGGCUGCCAAGCAGAAACAGAAAGCCCUGGAAGAAUUGGAAAAGGUGAAGAUGCAGGCUGAGGAAGCUGAGAGGCGCAUGAAACAAGCUGAAGUAGAAAAGGACCGACAGAUCAAGCUGGCCCACGAUGCAGCACAGAAGAGUGCCACUGUUGAGCUUCAGCACAAGAGGAUGUCUUUUGCAGAAAAGACCACACAGUUGGAGCAGUCGCUCAAGAAGGAGCACACCACUGUCAUCCAGCUGCAAGAGGAGGCUGAACGUCUCAAAACGCUACAGGAAGAGGCCGAUAAAGCCAGGGAUGAGGCUGAGAAAGAGCUGGAGAAGUGGAGGCAGAAGGCCAACGAAGCUCUCCGUUUGAGGCUGCAGGCUGAGGAAGAAGCUCACAAGAAGAGCAGAGCUCAGGAGGAGGCCGAGAAGCAGAAGGAUGAAGCUGAGCGUGAAGCCAGGAGGAGGGCCAAGGCCGAAGAGUCUGCUCUGAAGCAGAAAGAGAUGGCAGAGCAGGAGCUGGAGAAACAACGAAAGCUGGCUGAAAGCACUGCCAAGCAGAAACUGUCUGCAGAGCAGGAGCUCAUCCGCCUGAGGGCAGAUUUUGACCAUGCUGAGCAACAAAGGUCAUUGCUGGAAGAUGAACUCUAUCGCCUGAAAAAUGAAGUCAGUGCUGCCGAACAACAGAGAAAGCAACUGGAGGAUGAGCUGGCCAAAGUGAGGAGCGAAAUGGACAUUCUUCUGCAGCUUAAGGCCAAAGCGGAGAGGGAAACCAUGUCCAACACCGAGAAGAGCAAGCAGCUCCUUGAAGCUGAAGCAGCGAAGAUGAGGGAUCUUGCUGAGGAGGCAUCCAAGCUGCGAGCUAUUGCAGAGGAAGCAAAGAAGCAGAGGCAGGUUGCCGAGGAAGAAGCUGCCCGGCAGAGAGCAGAAGCUGAAAGAAUCCUCAAGGAGAAGUUAGUUGCCAUCAAUGAAGCCACUAGACUGAAAACAGAAGCUGAGAUUGCCCUUAAAGAGAAGGAAGCGGAAAAUGAGAGGCUAAGAAGGCAAGCCGAAGAUGAGGCCUAUCAGAGGAAGGCUUUGGAAGAUCAGGCAAACCAGCACAAGCAGGACAUUGAGGAGAAGAUCAACCAGCUCAAGAAAUCCUCUGACACUGAAUUAGAAAGACAGAAGCAAAUAGUCGAGGAAACCCUGAAGCAGAGGAGGAUUGUUGAAGAGGAGAUUCGUAUCCUGAAACUCAACUUUGAGAAGGCCUCUUCUGGCAAGCUGGACUUGGAGCUUGAAUUGAAUAAACUGAAGAACGUUGCAGAAGAGACCCAGAAAAGCAAGAUCCAGGCUGAGAAAGAAGCGGAGAAACUUCGUAAAAUUGCCCUGGAAGAGGAAAACCGAAGAAAGGAAGCUGAAGAGAAAGUCAAAAGGAUUGCUGCUGCAGAAGAAGAAGCUGCCCGCCAGCGUAAGGCUGCGCAGGAGGAGCUAGAGCGUCUGAAGAAAAAAGCUGCUGAAGCCAAUAAGCAGAAAGAGGAUGCCGAUAAGGAGGCUGAGAAACAGAUUCUUCUGGCGAAAGAGGCUGCGCAGAAAUGCAGUGCAGCAGAGCUACAAGUCCAGAGUGUGCUUGUUCAGCAGAAGGAGGACAGCGCCGUGCAGAACAAACUGAAAGAAGAGUUUGAAAAAGCCAAAAAAGUGGCACAGGAGGCUGAGAUGGCUAAGGAGAAAGCUGAAAGAGAGGCCGCUCUUCUCCGUCAGCAGGCCGAGGACGCCGAGCGCCAAAAACAAGCUGCCGAGGCAGAAGCAGCCAAGCAGGCCAAAGCGCAGGAGGAUGCUGAGCGACUGAGGAAGGAGGCUGAGCUUGAGGCAGCAAGGCGAGCCCAAACUGAGAUGACGGCUCUGAAACAGAAAGAACAAGCAGAUGCUGAGAUGGAGAAGCACAAAAAGAUCACAGAGGAGACCCUUAAGCAGAAGUCUCAGGUGGAGCAAGAACUUGCUAAAGUCAAGCUGCAGCUGGACGAGACGGACAAACAGAAAUCUCUCCUGGACAGUGAGCUUCAGCGCCUCAAAGAUGAGGUCACUGAUGCGGUCAAGCAGAAGGCCCAAGUGGAAGAGGAACUGUUCAGAGUCAAGAUCCAGAUGGAGGAGCUUGUCAAACUGAAGCUCAGAAUCGAGGAGGAGAACCAGCGGCUCAUCCAAAAGGACAAGGACAACACUCAGAAGUUUUUGGCAGAGGAAGCCGAGAACAUGAAGAAACUCGCCGAAGAAGCUGCUCGGCUCAGCGUGGAGGCUCAGGAGGCUGCGCGCAUGAGACAGAUUGCGGAGUCCGACCUUGCGCAGCAGAGGGCUCUUGCUGAGAAAAUGCUGAAGGAGAAAAUGCAAGCCAUCCAAGAGGCCUCCAAGUUGAAAGCAGAGGCAGAAUUACUCCAAAGACAGAAGGACCUGGCACAAGAGCAGGCUCAGAAACUACUUGAGGACAAGCAGCUGAUGCAGCAGCGUCUGGAGGAAGAAACCGAGGGCUUCCAGAAGUCGCUGGAGGCCGAGCGUAAGAGGCAGCUUGAGAUCACAGCCGAGGCAGAGAAGCUCCGGAUGAGGGUGUCGCUGCUCAGCGACGCCCAGGCAAAAGCGGAAGAGGAGGCCAAGAGGUUCAAGAAGCAAGCUGAAGAAAUCAGCGCCCGUCUGCACGAGACUGAGCUCGCAACUAAAGAGAAGCUCGUUGUCGUGGAGAAACUGGAAGUCCAGAGACUGCACAGCAGCAAAGAGGCUGAUGAGCUGCGCAAAGCCAUUUCUGAUCUUGAGAAAGAGAAGGAGAAACUGAAAAAGGAGGCUGCAGAUUUGCAAAAUAAGUCGAAAGAGAUGGCCAGUGCUCAGCAGGAACAAAUUAAGCAUGAGAAGACAAUCCUUCAGCAAACUUUCAUGACAGAAAAGGAGAUGUUGCUGAAAAAGGAGAAGCUCAUCGAGGAGGAGAAAAAUAGGCUGGAAAAGCAAUUUGAGGAUGAGGUUAAGAAAGCAAUGGCACUCAAAGAUGAACAAGAACGUCAAAGGAAAGAAAUGGAACAGGAGAAGAAAAAACUACAGGCCAUCAUGGAUGCUGCUCUUCAGAAGCAAAAGGAUGCAGAGGAGGAGAUGCGCAACAAGCAGAAGGAGAUGCAGGAACUCGAGAACAAACGGCUCGAGCAGGAGAAGCUACUGGCUGAGGAGAACAGGAAACUGCGUGAGAAGCUGCAACAGCUUGAGGUCACCGGGGCCCUUGGCAGGGAUGUCGUUGAUGCUGCAACGAGCAAUGGAGAGCUAACGCUGGCAUUUGAUGGAAUCCGAGAGAAAGUUCCUGCCAGCAGACUGCAUGACGUUGGCUUGCUGAGCAAAAAAGACUUUGAUAUGUUAAAUAAGGGCAAAGUCACUGUACAAGACCUUAGCCAGGAUGAGAAACUGAGAACAUACCUUAAAGGUACAAACUGUAUUGGAGGAGUCUUGAUACAGCCUGACCAAAAAAUGAGCAUCUAUCAAGCCAUGAAGGAGAAGAAAAUCGCUCCUGGAACAGCAGAGGGGCUUCUUGAGGCUCAAGCAGCUUCGGGGUAUAUGAUUGACCCGGUUAAGAACAGAAAAUUCACCGUCAACGAGGCUGUCAAGGAGGGCAUAAUUGGACCAGAACUGCAUAACAAGAUGCUCUCAGCUGAGCGGGCAGUCAGUGGUUACAGAGAUCCAUACACAGGAAAAAAGAUUUCUCUCUAUGAAGCCAUGAAAAAAGAUCUAAUUGUGGACGAAGAUGCCAUCAGACUGCUUGAAGUUCAGCUAGCCACUGGUGGGAUUGUCGACCCUGUUAACAGUCAUCGUGUGCCCAUUGAGACCGCAUUCAAGCAGGGUCAGUUCGAUGCAGAGGCGAACAAGAUUCUCUCGGAUCCGACUGAUGACACUAAAGGGUUCUUUGACCCAAACACUCAAGAGAACCUCACUUACUCGCAGCUGAUGAAAAGGUGUAGCACUGACCCUGAAACUGGCUUCUUGCUCCUUCCCAUCACAGAGAAGGCUGCCUUGAGUGAAAGGCUGUACACCGAGGAGGAAACUAAAGAUGUUUUCCGAAAGACCACUGUCUCUGUUCCGUUUGGAAAAUUCAAGGGAAAAAGUAUUACAAUCUGGGAAAUAAUCAAUUCUGAGUAUUUCACUGAGGACCAAAGGAGAGAUCUAAUCCGCCAGUACAAAACAGGAAAGAUCACAGUGGAAAAAAUCAUCAGGAUUGUUAUUACUGUGGUUGAGGAGAAAGAUAAGAAGAGUGAAAUUGCUUUUGAUGGGCUAAGAGGACCUGUUCCUGCCACUGAACUUCUGGAGUCGAAGAUCAUUGAUAAGGAUCUGUAUAACAAGUUACACAAGGGCAACAUAUCGGUGAAAGAGGUUUCUGAGCAGGAUCCAGUGAAGAAGGCAUUGAAGGGUACUAACUGUAUCGCUGGAGUAGUUAUUGAGUCAACAAAAGAGAAGAUGCCUUUCUAUCAGGCUAUGAAGCAGAACAUUUUGAGACCCGGCCCAACAUUAAGUCUGUUAGAAGCGCAAGCUGGUUCCGGGUUUAUCAUCGACCCAAAGAAAAAUCAGAAGCUGACCGUAGAUGAAGCUGUUAAAGCAGGUCUCGUUGGCCCUGAGCUGCAUGAAAAGUUGCUGUCUGCAGAGAGAGCUGUCACUGGGUUCAAAGAUCCUUACACUGGAAAGACAGUGUCGUUGUUUGAGGCAAUGAAAAAGGAACUCAUCAGCAAAGAUCAGGGAAUACGUCUGCUGGAUGCUCAGCUGGCUACUGGUGGCAUCAUUGACCCAGUGAAAAGUCACAGAGUUCCUCACGAUGUUGCCUGCAAGCGGGGGUAUUUUGAUGAUGAAACUAAUCAAAUCCUGAGCAAUCCAACCGAUGACAUCAAGGGCUUCUUUGACCCCAACACUCAAGAAAACGUCACAUAUUUACAGCUGCAAAAGAGGUGUGUUACUGACAAAGAGACUGGCCUUCAGCUCCUGCCAUUGUCCGAGCAAGCCAUAAAUGCAAAAGAAGCUGAAGCCUACUCCGAUGUACAGGCUAAGGAGGCUUUCAACCACGCAACGGUGGAAGUUCAGGCAGGACCAUUCAAAGGAAGAAAAGUGACCAUCUGGGAGCUCAUUAACUCAGAAUAUCUUACAGAGGAACAAAGAAUUGAGCUGAUCAGACAAUACAGAUCUGGCAAGGUGACAAUUGAGAAGAUCAUUAAGAUUGUGAUCACCAUUAUUGAAGAAAAAGAGACAAAGAAAAAAGAACAGGUUUCCUUCAAGGGGCUGAGAGCUCCCGUUCCAGCCAGCUCUUUACUUGACUCUCAGAUAAUUGACAAAUCCACAUUUGAUGACCUGCAGCAAGGCAAAAUUACACCAAAAGAGGUUGCUGAGCUUGACAAGGUGAAGAGUUAUUUGGAGAGCACUGACUGCAUAGCAGGUGUCUAUGUUGAGCCAACAAAAGAAAAGGUCAGCAUUUACCAAGCGAUGAAAAAGAAGUUACUAAGACAAAGCACAGGUCUGGCGCUCCUGGAAGCACAAGCUGCCACUGGGUUUAUUGUUGAUCCUGUCAAGAACCAGCUGCUUACUGUGGAUGAUGCUGUAAAGGCUGGUACAGUUGGUCCAGAGCUUCACGAGAAGCUCCUGUCAGCUGAAAAAGCAGUAACUGGCUACAAUGACCCCUACACUGGUAAGAAGAUCUCCCUCUUUGAAGCUAUGCAGAAGGACCUCAUUCUGAAGGAACAUGCCCUGCCGCUUUUGGAAGCUCAGGUGUCUACGGGAGGAAUCAUUGAUCCUGUGAACAGUCACAGGGUACCCACUGAAGUAGCUUACCAGCGGGGCUAUCUCAGCAAGCCGACUUUUAAGGUUCUUUCUGAGCCGUCAAACGAUGUCAAAGCUUUCUCUGAUCCCACCACCGAGGAGAGUGUCACUUAUAAGCAGUUGAAAGACAAGUGCAUGAGAGAUCCUGCAACAGGCUUCUGCUUUAUACCACUCUCAAAGCCAGAGGCUCCCACUGUGGUGGAGAAAACUUACUUGUACACAGAAGAGCAAACCCAGAAAGACCUAUCUGACACUAAGGUUGACAUUCCACUUGAAGGCCAAUCUGGCCAGUCAAUGUCUCUGUGGGAUGUCAUGAAUUCAAAUCUGCUCCCUGAGGAAGAAAGGCGUAAACUGCUGGAUGAGUAUCGUUCGGGCAGAAUCACCAAGGAACGAAUGAUCAUCAUCAUUAUUGAGAUAAUUGAGCAAAGAGAAAUCAUUAGAGGGGGGCAUGCAAUGUCAUGUGAUGUAAUUAGACGAAAAGUAACCAUUGAGGAACUCUACAACGCUCGCAUUAUUGACACUGAGACCUAUAACCUGCUGAAGCAGGAGAAGAAGACCAUUCGAGAGGUCAUGGAGAUGCCGAAUGUGAAACAAUACCUUUUUGGCACCGGCAGUGUUGCUGGUGUGUUGUCUGACACCUCAAACCGGAUCAGUCUUUAUCAGGCUAUGAAGAGAGGGCUGUUGAAGCCUGAAGUUGCCAUAGGCCUUCUUGAGGCACAAGCUGCAACAGGAUUCAUCAUUGAUCCAGUUAGAAAUGAAAUGCUCACCGUUGAUGAGGCAGUUCGCAAAGGUGUGGUGGGUCCAGAGCUUCAUGAUAAACUUCUAUCAGCUGAGAGGGCUGUCACAGGUUAUAAGGAUCCCUACACUAGCAAGAUCAUUUCUCUUUUCCAAGCAAUGAAGAAAGACCUUGUUCCUGAAGACUAUGCUCUAAAACUCCUGGAGGCCCAGACAGCAACGGGUGGCAUCAUGGACCCAGAAUUCAACUUCCACCUUCCCACUGAUAUCGCCACGCAGCGUGGAUAUAUCAACAAAGAAACUAAUGAAAAACUUUUUGACGAUGUAAAAGGAUACAUCGACCCAGUCUCAGAGGAAAAACUGUCGUAUGCCCAACUGCUUAAGAGGUGCAAAGUCGACAAGGACACUGGAAUGCGUUUGCUGUCCCUGGCUGACAGAAGAUUGCUGUUCAAGGGUCUUAGGAAGCAGAUCACCUUGGAAGAACUGUUGCGUUCUCAGAUCAUAGACCAAAAGACAGCCACAGAGCUCAGUGAAGGCCUCGUUACUGUUGAGGAAGUGAGCAAGGGCCUCCAGAGGUAUCUUGAGGGCACAAGCUGUAUUGCUGGUGUAUUUAUUGAGUCAACAAAGGAUCGUCUGUCUGUAUACCAAGCAAUGAAGAAGAACAUGAUUAGGCCUGGAACUGCCUUUGAACUGUUGGAAGCUCAAGCUGCUACUGGGUAUGUUAUUGACCCAAUAAAGAAUCUGAAGCUCACUGUAAAUGAAGCUGUCAGGAUGGGAAUUGUGGGGCCAGAGUUCAAAGACAAGCUUCUCUCUGCUGAACGUGCUGUUACAGGCUACAGAGAUCCAUAUUCUGGGAAGAAUAUUUCUCUCUUCCAAGCUAUGAAAAAGGGCCUUAUUUUGAAAGAUCAUGGAAUUCGGCUGCUGGAAGCGCAAAUUGCCACUGGUGGAAUCAUUGAUCCAGAGGAAAGUCACCGUCUGCCUGUAGAGGUGGCCUACAAGCGAGGCCUUUUCGAUGAAGAGAUGAACGAAAUUCUCACUGAUCCAUCUGAUGAUACCAAAGGGUUUUUUGACCCAAACACAGAGGAGAAUCUCACCUAUUUGCAGCUGAUGGAGCGGUGCAUCACAGACCCAGAAACAGGCCUUGUGCUCUUACUGCUGAAGGAUAAGAAGCGUGAGAGAAAAACAUCUUCAAAGUCCUCUGUCCGCAAACGCAGAGUAGUCAUUGUGGACCCAGAGUCAGGCAAAGAAAUGUCUGUGUACGAGGCAUACCGCAAAGGGCUUAUUGACCACCCAACCUACCUGGAGCUUGCAGAGCAGGAGUGCGAGUGGGAAGAAAUCACCACCACGUCCUCUGAUGGGUCUGUAAAAUCUAUGAUCAUUGACAGAAGGUCAGGACGACAGUACGACAUAGACGAUGCUAUGUCAAGAGGCCUCAUUGACCAGUCUGCAAUGGAUCAGUACCGUGCUGGAACUCUGUCCAUCACAGAAUUUGCUGACAUGUUGUCUGGAACCAUGAGUGGUUUCCGUUCCCGUUCGUCGUCUUUCGGAUCCACUUCAUCCUAUCCAAUGAGCCCUGUCCCAUCCAUAAAAACUCCUACCACCGUUUGGAAUGACCCAACCGAGGAAACGGGCCCAGUAGCUGGAAUCCUCGACACAGAUACUUUAGAGAAGGUGUCCAUCACUGAAGCCAUGCGCCGUAACAUUUUGGACAACAUCUCUGGUCAAAGACUGUUGGAGGCCCAAGCUUGCACUGGUGGCAUCAUUGACCCCAAUACCGGAGAAAGGUUCUCUGUUGCUGAUGCAGUGAACAAAGGCCUUGUUGACAAGAUAAUGGUGGAUCGCCUUAAUCUGGCCCAAAAAGCUUUCAAUGGAUUUGAUGAUCCCAGAACCAAAACUAAAAUGUCUGCGGCUCAAGCGUUAAAGAAGGGCUGGCUUUACUAUGAAGCGGGCCAACGUUUCCUUGAAGUCCAGUACCUCACUGGUGGGCUAAUUGAACCUGACGUCCCAGGUAGAGUUUCACUGGAUGAGGCCAUCAAGAAGGGCACCCUGGAUGCACGUACAGCCCAGAAGCUGAGAGAUGUCAACGUCUAUAACAAGUACCUGACCUGUCCCAAAACAAAGCUGAAGAUCUCCUACAAAGAUGCCAUGGACAGAAGUAUGGUUGAAGAGGGUUCUGGUCUGCGUCUUCUCGAGGCUUGCUCGCAGUCAACCAAAGGUCUUUACAGUCCUUACAAUGCUAGCGGUUCCGGGUCAGCUGUCGGGUCCCGUACCGGAUCCAGGACAGGCUCCAGGCGAGGAAGUUUUGAUGCCACUGGAUCUGGUUUCUCCAUGAGUUUCUCUUCCUCCUCUUACAGUUCUUCUAGCUACAGCCGCCGAUAUUAAGCUAGGCCUUUACAUCGCACUCCAUGAGCAAGGCCUGCAGCAACAAACUUUUCAACAAUGCUUCCAAUGCACUUGUCUGUUGCAUAAUUUAUAGGAUAAAAAUAUUCUGCUCUGCAUGUGGUUGCAUUUGGAAAAUUUCAGUGCUAAAUAAGUCAUAUUACAAUACUGCUGGAUAGAGAUACAAAUAGUUCCCUCUAGUGUUCAAUGCGAAACCUUUUCUUUUAGGCCUCGUUUCUAGUUUUUAGAAGAAAAAAUAAAUUUUUGCAGCUGUUUAUUAUGUUAACUAUAUUUUUUUAAAAGGGAAAAAAAAACCCUAGAUUUAUUUUUUGUUAUUUUUUUGAAUGACUGCAUUUGAUUUAACUCUCACUGACUGAAAAUGGAACACUACUUUGUACUGUAUAUUUUGAUUAAGCAUAUUGAACACUAUAUAGGGGUUUCCCCACAAAGUAAUACCCCAAGAAAUAUGACACUGAAAAAAUAAUUUUAAAAAAAUAUGCAAUAUAGUUAAGAUAUUAAUUGAUGGAGAAAGAAAUACUCCUGACUUUUUUGCUGUUCAUUCUGAAUGUUUUUUGAAUGUGUUUAAGAGAAUAUUCCAAAGGGUAUGCCAACAUAGAUCUAACAGGGAUGCUGUUUACCAGAAUAAAAUAUAUAUAUGGAUUUAUAUUUGUAUGUGUAUAGAUGUUUGAUCAGAGGUAUUUUAUUAAGAGAACGUUGUUGUCCAGCAAAGCAUUUAAAAAAAGUCAAACUGCUAGCUAUCUGCAGAGCAGAAUAAAAAAAUAAUUAUAUAUAUAAAGACUUGAUAAUACCGGGGAAAAAGCUACAAGGUGCCAAGGGUUCAGCUCCCGUACGUUGUCCAGACAGCUACAGUAACGUCCCCCAUGCAAGAUUUCUGCACGAAGCGCAUCAGCCCACCUGUUGAAAUUACAUACACAGCAGCAAAGUCCACUGAUGUUGGAGCAAAUAUUCUUCAGAAGCUCAGCCAUGCAGCUACAAAGUUCUGCAGGACUCCAUCCGUGUGAAAGCUGGUUUUGUCAAGCAAUCCUGGGACAUCAGCUCAAGAUUUCAAGAAGGCCUCCAACCUGCUCUGGCUCUCCAGAAAGUGCUCGAUGAAAGACCCCAAAAAGAAAAGAAAGACCCCAACCCCCUGCCUUUUGUUUUUCUUUACCAUUAUGACUGUUACUCACAAAUGUGGAAGUGCAGGACAAAAGGUGACGUGGACCGAUCCGCAUCUGGAUGCCAUGAAGGCUC